CAGCAAUCAUUGAUCUAUUGUUCUCGAUUGCGAAUUGAACAUAGCAAUAGGUACCAAAACAAACAAUGUUUUGGUUCUGCUCGUGGCAGCAGAAGUUUGCUGCUGUGCCGCUGUGCUGCUGCUGUUCCGGAGGAAACCAUGUCCCUACUAGGCCUGCGUACAUUCGGAGUAUUCGAGCGACGAGUACAGGACAGCGACGAGUAUUCGAGCGACGGCGUACAGGAGAACGGAGUGUGGAGGCGAAGGAUGAACCACGAGCUCGCGCGACUCUACGGCGAACCCUGUAUCCAGAAGGUGGUGAAGGCUGGCCAGAUACGCUGGGCGGGACAUGUUGCGAGAAUGCCGGACGACUGUCCAGCAAAACAGGUGUUCGCUACGAAUCCAGUAGGAAUAAGACGGGCAGGGACGCAACGAGCGAGGUGGUUAGACCAAGUAGAGCGUGAUCUGGCGAA